AUGUCGCUGCCUCGGUCUGUAGGCUUCUUUGCAAACUACAUUGUGAAGUAUUUUUCUAAGCGAAAAAUGAGGAGAAAAGAUGGAAUGGCAAAAGGAAAAAAGAGAGCAAUGUGGAGAAAGCUGAACGAACAGAGACGGAAUGUAAUGACGCUAGCUGGCUACACGUCAAGUAUUGUCUUCCCUUCGUUUCUUUUCUUGCUUUUGGGAGCUUUGAUGACGUCUAUCGUACCAUCCUAUUACAGCAAAUGUAUACAAUGUGUCUCAACACUCACCACAUCAAGAUCCCAAUUGCUGGAGGCAAUGUUCGGAUUGGGGAUAACGAGCACACUGGCUGCACUUUUUACCGGUUUGAGAGGUAGUCUCUUUUGGAUUGGAGGCAGCCGUGCGAACUACAAUGUUCGGGUAAAACUACAUCGAAGCUUGUUGCUUCAAGAAGCUGCGUUUUUUGACAUGAAUGAAACGGGAUACCUUCUUAGUCGUCUGAAUUCUGACGUCAACAAGAUUGGCCAAGUCAUCUCAUAUCAUGUGAAUGUUGUUUUUCGGCAGCUUGCACAGUUUAUGUUCGGAUCCAUAUAUCUCUUCAAAAUAUCCCCGAAGCUUUCCAUGUGGACCUUCUGUGGUAUUUCGCUGGUGGCUUGGCUCUCAGCCAUUUACGGUGACUUAUCAAGGCUGCUUGCCGAGAAAGUGCAAGACACAUUUGCCGAUGCCACUGCCGUUGCAGAGACGUCUUUUUCGAUGAGUGAGACAAUCCGCGCUUUUGAUGGAGCGACACUGGAGUCGGCAAAAUUCGAGGGAGCACAGAACAAAGCGCUUCAAAUGGAAGAGCUCCAAGCUUGGGCUUACGGAUCGCACAAAUUCUUGAGCGAUACACUGCAAACAAUUUUGCAAGUUGCCUUGCUUUUUGCAUGUUGGAACGUUGGUCGAGCCGGAGGCCUUCCAGCUGGUAAACUUACCACAUUCAUGUUCUACACCAAUUUUGUUUUAGAAUCGUCAAACGAAGUUGGUGAUCAAUGGGCGAAAAUCCAACAAGCUGUUGGUGCAUCUAGUAGUGUUUUCGAUCUGAUCAAAAGAUUUCCAGCGAUUCGAGACCCGAAAGCGAAUGAGGGAGACAGUGCCCAACGCAAAUUGGGGAAUGGCAUCAUCAACGACUCUCCUAUUCUGUCAUUUUCAAAAGUGAGGGUCGAUUACGAGGCAAUGGAAAGACCAGCGUUGGACAACAUAAAUGUCGACAUAUUCUCGGGAGACCGAGUGGCGCUAGUUGGGAGGAGCGGCAGUGGAAAGUCUUCAAUGCUUCGUUGCAUGAUGCGCUUCUACGAUCCGUCGCAUGGUGCUAUCAAGCUCUGCGGGCAAGAUCUACGACGAAUAACACGGGCCGAGACCGCAAAGCAAAUUGCUGUGGUAGCACAAGAACCGCAUAUGUUCCCGACUACUCUGGCAGAGAAUAUUCUCUAUGGAGUUGAGAAAGAUACAAGAAAUGCCGCAAGCGGGACCCCCGAAUACAGUCGAAAACUGCUGGAUGCUGUUGCUGAUUGCUUAUCAUUGUCAGGACUAUCAGUUGAACCUGGCAAUGAGCUAGGCCUGACUCUAGAAACACGGAUAGGUGAAGGGGGAAGAUCACUUUCUGGUGGCCAGUGUCAACGAGCUGCAAUAGCAAGAGCAUUAAUCCGAUCUCCAGAUGUUCUUCUGUUAGAUGAACCAACAGCUGCUUUGGACUCCGAAAGCGAGAAGCUAGUUGUUGCAUCACUGCAGAAAGCCAUGCAACGAAUAAAGUGCAUGGUGAUGGUUACGCACCGUCUUGGAAUCAUUCGAUCAUUAGAUAUAAACCGUGUCCUUGUCCUUGAUAAAGGAAAGAUUGUUGAAGAUGGGCACCCCGAAGAUCUUCUGAUACACGAGAAUGGUUUGUACGCAGCGCUGGCAAGGGAACAAGGCAUCACCUCCAGGUCCAACGAAACCUUAGCUCGUCUAUAG